AUGUGGUGCAGCCCACCAAGCAAUAGGAGCCCACUAAAAACCCCCGUUCCUAACCCUAAAAUCUCAUUUCAUUCGCUCCUCACAACCCGCCGCCGCCGCCAGCCCCGCUCGGCGCGCCGCGCCAGGCGCCGCCUCCGCACCCGCGCUGGGCGAAGAGCCGCGCGCGGCGCCGGUGCCGCGCGCGCAGACGCGAGUCUGCUCUCCGCGGCCCCACCGGAGCCGGUGCGCGCGGCGAGCGCGUCCACGGCCUCCGCCAUCCGCCGCCGCCCGAGGGCCACGUUGGUCACCUCGCGCGUGCCGCCGACUCGCCAGCAGCCUCUGCGUGCGCCAGGCUCGCCGCGCCAGGCCCUGCCUCCGCACCCGCGCCAGGCGCCGCGCCGCGCCAGGCGCCGGAGCCGUGCGCUCUACUCUGCGGCCUCCGCACCCGCGCCAGGCGCCGGAGCCGUGCGCUCUGCUCUGCGUGCGCCAGGCUCAAGGUUUGGGCCCCGUACUCCUCCGUCCAUCCUCAAGGUUUUUAGUGGGCUGCUGAGAUCCGAGAGUGAGCUGCUCUGCUAUUGUUCAUUCUUGCCUCCUCGUCUGCAGUUACCACAAUGGCUGGUGCCAAAGGCAAGAGUAUUGACAUGGCCUCAGGCAGUGGCAUCGGGGUUGACUUGGUUGAUGGCACUAGUAGCAAAGGCAGCACUGCUGGCCGUAGGAGCACGGCAACGACAGACAACCCUGAGGUGGUUUGUGAAGAUGGGGAGAUGGAGGCUUCAGGCGGUCUCCGAGGGCGCGGCACCGCCGCAGAGAAUCUUGAUCCCUGUGGGACGCAGUGUUCCUGGCUUCCUGCCUUGUUGGGCUCCUCUGGUCCUGGCGCGACGGGACUGUCCUGCCCAUAUUGUGACGUCACAUGGCCCAAGCAAGUUGCCUACAAGUUUCGGUGUUCAGGGGGCCGAACGUGGAAAGUCACCUAAACUUAUCUGGGCCGAAUCUCACUCCUAUGCCCCUCAUCACUAGGGCGUACCUAGGAUUUCAAAAAAGUAUGCCACGACAAUUUUACCACUUGCAAUUCGGUAUUUCCCUCAAAAAAAAACUUGCAAUU